AUGAACGGCACAGAGGGCCCCAAUUUUUAUGUGCCCUUCUCCAACGCCACAGGCGUGGUGCGCAGCCCCUUUGAGUACCCGCAGUACUACCUGGCUGAACCAUGGCAAUUCUCCAUGCUGGCAGCUUACAUGUUCCUGCUCAUCGUGCUGGGCUUCCCCAUCAACUUCCUCACGCUCUACGUCACCGUCCAGCACAAGAAGCUGCGCACACCACUCAACUACAUCCUGCUCAACUUGGCGGUGGCUGACCUCUUCAUGGUCUUUGGAGGAUUCACCACCACGCUCUACACCUCACUGCACGGCUACUUCGUCUUUGGGCCCACAGGAUGCAACCUCGAGGGCUUCUUCGCCACACUGGGCGGUGAAAUCGCCCUGUGGUCUCUGGUGGUCCUGGCUAUUGAGCGAUACGUAGUGGUCUGCAAGCCCAUGAGCAAUUUCCGCUUUGGGGAGAAUCAUGCCAUUAUGGGUGUGGUCUUCACCUGGAUUAUGGCGUUGGCCUGUGCUGCUCCCCCGCUCGUCGGCUGGUCCAGGUACAUCCCCGAGGGCAUGCAGUGCUCGUGUGGGGUUGACUACUAUACACUCAAGCCCGAGGUCAACAAUGAGUCAUUCGUCAUCUACAUGUUCGUGGUCCAUUUCACCAUCCCUCUGAUCGUCAUCUUCUUCUGCUAUGGGCAGCUGGUUUUCACAGUCAAGGAGGCGGCUGCCCAGCAACAGGAGUCAGCCACCACACAGAAGGCAGAAAAAGAAGUCACCCGUAUGGUCAUCCUCAUGGUUGUAUUCUUCUUGAUCUGCUGGGUUCCCUAUGCUGGUGUGGCCUUCUACAUCUUCACCCACCAAGGCUCCAACUUUGGCCCCAUCUUCAUGACCCUGCCAGCUUUCUUUGCCAAGAGCUCCUCCAUUUACAACCCCGUCAUCUACAUCAUGAUGAAUAAACAGUUCCGGAACUGCAUGCUCACGACCCUCUGCUGUGGCAAGAAUAUACUGGGUGAUGAUGAGGCCUCUGCCACUGCUUCCAAGACGGAGACCAGCCAGGUGGCCCCAGCCUAA